AGAGUUUUUCGAAACGCUUAGUUGCCGCCUCCGGUUCGCACGGUGCAGUUGCUCGGACAAAGAGAUACAGAAUCGGGGAAUACAAAUUUCUGCGUCAAAGAGCGCCGCCAAAAAGCUGAAAAUUAUUAAGAUAAUAAACGGGAGCGCCUUUUUAAGUGCCUGCGAAUGGUUCUUCUCGGGCAUAAACUAGUAUUUUGUGUAAAUAAACGAAGCGCACGGCAAGCGUUUGAAGUUCCGGCCGGGAUCCGGAUUCCCCGCGUGGAAUGUAUGGCAUUAGGGGAUAAAUGAAGAGCGUGCGCCCAUUGUUGUGACACCUGCAGUUUCAUCCUACUCAUAAACCCACGACCCAUAUUGCUGCUCCAUGAGCUUUUGGCCAUUACCUCACUCAUCGGCAUUAAAGGCGGCACCCAGGUGGUUCUUUAUACUGCUAUUUUACAUUUUUUGUUGACACAAAGUUGGCGCAGGGCGGAAAAUGGAAAACUGAAAAGUGGAAGCGAAAGGAAAAGUGAAACAAACUGGGCCUGAAGUAAGAUGUCAGCAGCGUUAGUACAAAAGGCGACGGAAACUCAACUCGACCAGUCACCGGAAGUGGGCGUGGCACAGCUGGCCACCAUAUCGUUGCUUUUGCAAUACGACAUAGACAACACACUGAAUGCGCUUAAGGAGCAAAAGAAGAUGACGCUGGACGCUCGAUUGGGAGGCGAAUUGCCCGCUGUGAUCAACAACAACCAGGACAAGGACAUCAACCGGAAUAUGCCGGAGCAGACCGAACUGGAAGUGGUGGGACUCGAUCUGGGUCUCAAGAGUAGUGAGACCGCCUUUAUGCCGCCAACACCGCCGGCUACGCCCAACCUGCAGAGCACAGCCCAGAAGCGGUGGAAGAUUCUGGCCAAAGUGCUGCGCAAGGACUCGGAGGAAACGGUGUCCUCUUCAAGUGAUGAGUUUGCCGAAGAGCAAACUGCCUCUGUGCGCCGCUUCAAGAGCUUCGAUCUGCUCCGCCAGGACAGUUUCGAGGAUCAUGUGAGUCUGAAGUGCUUGGGAAAGACCGAGAACUGGUAUAAGUACCGCAUGCAGUUGGAGAAUGAGUCGGAGUACUCGGUGAAUAUCCAUCACAUGGAACGUCAGCUGACCGCCAGUGAUUUGAUGGGCUUUAAUAAUACGGGCAACAUAUGCGUUUGGCCCUCGGAGGAGGCGUUGACCGCUUUGGUUCUCUCGGAGGUGGCUUCAUACAGAGGCAAAUGGAUCCUGGAACUUGGUGGAGGAUUCACCUCACUGGCGGGACUCAUGUUAGCCAAGUAUGCCACUCCCUAUGCCGUGCACCUAACCGAUGGCAAUGAGAUAUCCGUGGAGAAUGUGAGGAAAACCGUUUGUCUCAAUGAACUGAGCUGCUAUACCAAAUGCUCGGUGCUGAAGUGGCAGGAGAAAGGCGCCAGGUCUCAGGCAGAGCAGGCCAAGUUCGACUUUAUCCUUUGUGCCGACUGCCUGUUCUUCGACGAGGCUCGAUCCGCCUUGGUGGACACUAUCUGGUACUAUUUGGCACCCGAGGGAUCGGCCUUGAUAAUGGCACCUCGCCGCGGACGAACUUUAAGUGUUUUCCAGGACGAAUGUGUGGCCAGGGGCUUCCGAGUGGAGUUGGCCACUCGAUACAACGAGACCAUCUGGCAGCGGCAUCUCCAGUUAAAGGCAGAUUCGGCUCUUUACGAUGAGGACCUUCAUUAUCCUUUGCUCCUGCGAUUGUGCAAGAGCCACAGCUAGGAGAAGAUCGUUAACCGAGGGGGAAAUGACAAACGGGGAGCCACUUGGCUGCUGUAGGUGCAAUUAAGUUUAGUCAAUGUUUUAGUUGAUAGCAAGCAAAUUCCAGUUUACACCUUAAACAAAAAUGAGGCCCAGAUGGUGGGUGAACAAACUUCUCCUGCCGGUCUCGACGAACAAAAAGAAAUUCCUCCCACACUGAAACAAAAAUUGUAGCAAGUCAAACUCGUUAGACUGGUGCUCAAAAUUAAUGUGAAAUGUAUGGCAAAAGUAAUUAUGGUUAUAAAUAUUUUUGGUUUAUUAAAUGAAGAAUAUUCUGCGGAGCUAAAAAGGAAAAUAUAAAUUAUAUUAGAUUCACAUAAGAUCAAAAAUUAAAUAAUAUACCUAUAUUAUUUUAUUUAAAAGUCCACUUAGGACUUUCACAGCCAUAUCUAUAAUACUCAAGGUAAAAUUUUAAUGGAAACUAAUGGUACAUAUUCGCCGCUUUAAAGCACCAGUCUAGUGAUCACCUUUAGCACGUAGUUCACUGUUAAGUUAUAUAACGAAAGAAAUUCCUUUGAUAUGUAAAUUUGAUUUGCGUUGAUUCCACAAAUUUUGUAUCUACUUUUUUUUUUUACAAAUACUCCUUGUUAUGUAUGUAUAUGUAGUUACCUCUAUGUAUGUUACACACCCAAAAUCCACAUCCCCACCCCCACACACACACACACACACACAAGUAUUAUUUAAAUAUAAUGUAUACGCUGAAUAGCAUACUUUUGGGCUGCUUUUGUAGAAACGCAGAGAAACCCGGAAACCAUACACAAAGCAGCAGAGCUCGACCAAUUAAUUAAUAGUUAACUAAACUUAGUAUACUGUAAUUACCUAGAGCAUGUGUUAAUGGUUAUAUGAUGAUGAUGAGAUAAAUACAGUAUCGAAAUGCCACACAUA